ACAACCAACCCAACCCCUUGUUAGACGUGUAAUUUCCUCCGAGAGCACUCUCAGGGGCCCCUCCUGUUUAUUCCCUGGUCAGAUCGGGGGGAGAGAGAAGAGCUUCUAACAGAAGCUGAAAGAAGGGUGGAACAUAGUCCAAGGAGAUUGUAGAGAGCGAUUAGAGACCGAAAGAUAACGACAGCGAAGAAAAAACAGCUUUCAAAAUGAAUCCAUCUUGCGCCAGAUGUAAAAAAAUUGUCUACCCGACUGAAAAAGUCAGCUGCCUGGACAAGUUCUGGCAUAAAGCAUGUUUCCAGUGUGAAGUCUGCAAAAUGACUUUAAACAUGAAGAAUUACAAAGGUUACGAUAAGACGCCUUACUGCAAUGCGCACUACCCAAAAUCAUCAUUCACUGCUGUGGCAGAUACCCCAGAAAACCUGCGCCUGAAGAAACAGAGCAAGCUGCAAAGUCAAGUGCAAUACAAAGAAGAUUUUGAAAAGAACAAAGGGAAAGGAUUUAGUGCCGUGGCCAACACUCCUGAACUCGAACGGAUCAAGAAGAAUCAGGAACUGGUCAGCAAUAUAAAAUAUCAUGAAGAAUUUGAGAAAAGCAAAGGCACUUCUGCUGCAGCUGGUGAACGAAGGAACUCGAAUGAUAUUCCACAACACAAUGUCCAGCCUGAGAUGCAUCGAGGUGAGCUGCCAAGCACACACGAUCGCAAACUAAAGACGGGCUACCAGCAACAUCAGGAACCCCAAUCCCAAGACUACACUCCGCCCGCUGCACCAUGUGCCCCACCUUCCUCAACAGGGAAGCGAUAUAGAGCUGUGUACGACUAUGCAGCAGCUGACGACGAUGAGAUCUCAUUCUUAGAUGGCGACUUAAUUGUUGAUGUACAACAGAUUGACGAGGGAUGGAUGUAUGGCACCGUGGAGAGAACAGGCGACACUGGCAUGCUGCCAGCUAACUACGUAGAAGCGGUGUAAUGGAGCCCAGAUCUACGCCUGCUUAUGCUUUGGUUAUAUAUAUUAUAAAUAAAUUACGUAUGGAUCCCAACAGUAAUUUGACAAAAAUAUUAAGUAAAAACAAUAAUGUAUUAAAUUGUGGUUCCGAUUACAUAACAUAGCUAUUUCCAUUUCUCUGAUCUUAGUAUUAUUGGAAUACAGUCAAAAUUUUCUUUGGCUUAACUAUCCUGAAGAGGGAAAGCUAGUCAGCUGUUGAAGCUUUUCACUGCUCUGCAUUGUCCAACUCCCUUUUUUUUAAAUAAUCUGACUCUUUGCAGAUCCUUAAUUUGAAAUUCUUGGUUCUGGAUUACCGUACUUGAUGAUUGAUUUGGAUAAUCUCAAAUUAAGCCUCUUUUAGUCACAACUAUCCUAGUUACACUGAAGCAUGGUUCUUUUUGCUUGUAAAUUGCUGAAAUAACUCGAGGUAGAGCAGGACCAAAAUACAGGAUUGUUCGCUCGGCUGGAGGGAGAGUUUGAAUAAAGUUUGUCAAAAAUCUUGUUUGAUUCUUCAACUCUAACCGAGAGCGAGAGACACAGACACGCACCACAUGGAGAGACACAGAUGCACAUAACACACAGAGACACAGACACAAUACACACACAGACAACACAGAAAAACACACAACUCAGAGGGACACAGACUCACAGGUGUGCAUAGAGAGAGAGAAUCACAGACACACAGAUAACAGGAAGACUGGAUUUCCAGUGUUCUAAAUGCUAUUUUUUUUUUUUUACCUCAUUCUUAAUGUGUUAACCUAGUGAGUGAGUGCAGGAACAUUAUUUGACUGUGUGCGAAUUAUCACAGCCAAAUUGUUCAAUGGAACUUGUCCACAAUUCUUGUAAAACCAGAAAUCUCAAUGUAUUGUCCCCUACAGAUAGUGGACCCUUUUGGCUCUUGCAAUUUUUAGAAGAAGUGAAGCAAGCAGGUUGGAACAAAAAGCCUCCAUAACUGUCCUUUUCCUCAAAAAUGGCAGUGGAUAUUAUGGACUGGGUGGGUGACUGACAUCAGAAGUUCAAUUGCUCCAUGGAAUUGGAGAAGUGGAUGAAACCUGCUGCCAAUCUUUCCCCCCCCCCCCCCACCUCUCUUCCCCUGCAACCCCCCCCCAAUCCUAAACCCGACUGUAUGAAAAAUCAGUCUUUGUUACACUCAACUGGUGUAACAUUUUGCAAUUACAAGAUUGGUGUUCCAAUAAAACCUGAAAGAUAUUUGUCCCAUUCAAUAUGUUUGCAAGAUCAGUGAUCCAACCUUCGGCUGUUCAUCCAACAUCUGCCACUCAUUUCAAAUCUAUGCUGGAGCUUCUCGUUAGUGACAUCUGCAAACUCGAUCUAAUUUGCUAUGUUUUUGUCCCAUUUUGAAAAUCAGAUUUUGAAGCAUUUUAUGCCAUUGAAAUGAAACUGUGAAAGGCUCAAGUUGGCUAAAAUAUGCAACUUGAAGAGAGAUGGAAAGAAAAUGCUUAGUCUAACAGGGAUUAAUGCAUGUUGCUUUUGAAUCAUUACUGUGUUAAUUUAUAAUACUUGGGGCUUUAGUGAGAUUGAAUCAGUUUGCUGUGGAAAAGGUUGCCUGAACAACAUUUUAUCAUUCCUAUCAAGUAAAGUUGUGCUGACAAUGGAGACCUGUCUCCAAGCAACUCCCUCCACCACCUGAGCAUUGAGCCAGUGGGAACUAGUCUGGGAUCUCUUUACACACACUCGCUGUAUCUCAUUCAGAGACAUGAAGAGAGCAGCAGCACCUAUCUUGCUGUGCCAAUGUAUAUGUCCAUUUAUGAACUCAGGUGCCAGAAGUGCACCAGCUGCCCUCAGUGGUACCACUAUUUCUUAAAAGGUGUCAACAAGUCAUUCAUUUGUAAGUUGGCUGUUUUGACUGGUAUUAUACAAAUUAGUUGAUCAAUUCCUACUUUUGGUCAUGAACAUGAUGUUGAUGGGUUGAUUAAAUCUCUCAGAAGAUUGUAUUGUAUCAUCCAAAGCUCUGUCUAACAGCUUUCUGCUGUUAUGUUCUAUAGCAAACUGCCCAGCAUCCUUAGAAAGCAUUGUAAAUCCUCUGAGCAUUUUGAGGUGGAAGCUGGGUUUAUUUUGACUGUUUACAGUGAAAUAAAUAUGAGACGGUUGUGCUCUACUGAAUAGAAUAUUGAUUAAAUGUUGGAACAGUCUUCAAUCAGGUGUCAGCCUUUAAUCUAGACCGUGCAUCACAAGUACAGAAAUAUUUUGUAGCAAUUGGAUAAUUGUGUGGAGGGGUGCUGCUCAUGUUUUUGGCUCUAAAAACAGCAAAAGCAAUGGAAUCCUUACGUGAAAUGGCCUACUCUUUACAUAACUGGUUAACUGAUAUGCUGGUAAAGUUCAGGCAGCUAAGCUAGCGGACCACUGAAGGUAUGUACAUAAACACAAAUGUGUAGACAUUCCGUGCCAAUAUUAAUGACUCUUACAACAUUCCAUGGAAUCAGUACAUUAACUGCUUAGUCUUAACAUGCUAUUUAAUUUGAAACUCGCAGCUGUUAUCGCUAAUGAAUUGGUAGAAAAAUUGUGUUUUUAUACACCAUGCUUAUCAUGUUCAGCUUAGAGCUUUUGCUAAAGAUGUUAUUGAGUUACCCAAGCACCCGCAAAGAGGAAGUAUCUGGAAUUAGCUUUGGUCUCUGGGUGGCUGGUUUAAAAUGAGGCUAAGUGCAAGGGGAGCAACUGUGUUUAAGCUACAGUUCCAUUGAUAUGUGUUGGUUUGUUGAACUUGAGGUGGGGGGGUGGGGGGGAUAAGGUUAAAGGUAUUUCACCGUGAAGUACUCUGGGUUAUCCCCAGCCACAGCAUAUGUCUCAGCAACCCCAUCCCUCACACAGUAGCUUACAAGAAGUGGGGUUCAUCAGCAAAGGGAAUGUCCUCCUCUAUUCAUCUUAAAUCAGCUGGGCUGAGAAAGUGCCAUUGAUUUGUGUGACAUUUUGCAAGACCAACUAUACAACGUGCAGAAUGUUUAAAAAGGAGUUGUUGCAAGAAUUUGAUGAUUGAUUGAUUGAUUAAUUAAUUAAUUGGAAAUUAAGAGGAUGGUUGGAAAUAAAUGGUGGUAUUAAAGAUAUAUAUAAGUAAUUGCAUAAAAUACUGGAUAUCUGUGAUUCAGAUGAAGCAUGUCUUGGCAUUUCUGAAUUCUUCAUUAUGAUGCUUGCAAUUUUUAGGAAAAAAUGUAUUUUUGGCAUGGUUCUUAUAUGACAGAUUGUCAAUAAACUAAAUGAUGGUAAAUAA